ACCAAGAGAGUCCCGAGGAGAUGGUGGCAGUGAAGCCCGAGAAGGGCGAAGGAGAUGCCAGCAGUAACAGCAGCGCAGGCGGUGGGGAGGGCCAGGAAUCGCAGCCUUCCCCGCUGGCUCUGCUGGCAGCCACCUGCAGCAGGCCCCGGCCCCUGCCGGGAGUUAUCCCGAAUAUCCAGUACCAGGUCAUUCCCCAAUUCCAAACCAUCGACGGGCAGCAGCUGCAGUUUGCCACCACCCCUGCCCAAGUCAACGUGCAGCAGGAUGCCUCUGGGCAGCUCCAGAUCAUCCCCGGCACCAACCAGCAGAUCAUAACGAGCCGAGCGGGGACGAGUAACCUCAUCGCCAUGCCCAACCUGCUGCAGCAGGCCGUCCCCAUCCAGGGCGUGGGCUUGGCCAACAACACCCUCUCAGGUCAAACCCAGUACGUGGCCAACGUCCCCGUGGCUCUGAACGGCAACAUCACCUUGUUGCCCGUCAACAGCGUGGCCGCCAGCCUGGCUCCCACCUCUCAAACGGCCACGCUGAGCAGCUCCGGCUCUCCGGACAGCAGCUCCCAGCCGGCCACCUCGGGCACCGCCAUCAGCUCCAGACACCCGGCCACGUCGCACGCCAGCUCCGGUGCUUUUUUCACCAACGCCAACAGUUACUCCACCACCACCACCACCAGUAACAUGGGUAUCAUGAAUUUUUCCACCAGCGCCACGGUGGGAACCAGCACCCAGUCGCAGGCGUCCCAGAGGGUCAGCGGCGUCCAGAGCCCGGACUCUCUGCAGAGCCAAGUUUCUGGGGUGGCUUUGCAGCCGGGGCAGCAGAAAGAGGGGGAUCAGAGCCAGCAGUCGCAGCAGCAGCAGCAACAGCAGCAGAUCCUGAUCCAACCUCAGCUGGUCCAGGGUGGGCAGACGAUCCAAGCCCUGCAGACCACCCCUCUCUCUGGCCAGACCUUUGCCACCCAAGCCAUCUCCCAGGACGCCUUGCAGAACCUGCAGCUCCAAGCUGUCCCCAACUCGGGUCCCAUCAUCAUCCGCACGCCCACGGUGGGUCCCAACGGGCAGGUGAGCUGGCAGACCAUCCAGCUCCAAAACCUUCAAGUUCAAAACCCCCAGGCCCAGACAAUCACCUUGGCCCCCAUGCAGGGAGUGUCGCUGGGGCAAACCAGCAGCACCAGCACCACCCUCACCCCCAUCGCCUCCCUCCCCAGUGGCACUGUCACCGUCAACGCCGCCCAGCUCUCCUCCAUGCCAGGCCUCCAGACUAUUAACCUCAGUGCCUUGGGAGCGUCUGGGAUCCAGGUCCAUCAGCUGCAAGGGCUGCCGCUGGCCAUAGCAAACACUGCUG